GCUGUUACACAAAAAAGAAAAACUUUCAACUUUCACUUAGUUUGUUGCAACUGUUUUGUCAAAGUGAAUCUUAAAUUCAAGCGUUGCAAACACACACACACAAAAGCAAAUUCUCAUUUAAAUACAUUCUGUCCCACAAAAAAUGAUUCAUUAACUUAUGUCUUUUGCUCAAAGAUCGAGCACCGCAAGAUCUACGGUCCGCUGUGGAAGUCGGUGUACGGUCCCCUGAUCGUGGUGAACGUGGCUCAGGUAGAACUGAUAGAGCAGGUUCUGAGGCAGGAGGGGAAACACCCGAUCCGGACUGACAUGCCCCACUGGAGGUUGUACCGAGAGAUGAAGAACCAGGCCCACGGACCCCUGACAGGGAUGGGGGCCAACUGGCAGCGAAUCCGCAGUAUCUUGAACCCGCGGAUGUUGAAGACCAAACACGUUUCCUCCUACACCAACAUCAUCAACGAGGUGGUGACGGACUUCUUCGACAGACUGGUCUGGCUGAGGGAGAAAAACGGGCAGGGAGUUAUGGUCCAUAACCUGACGGAAGAACUCUACAAAUUUGCUUUUGAAGGUAUCUGCUCCGUGUUGUUUGAGACACGUAUGGGCUGCAUGAACCAGGUGUUGCCCGAGGAAACCAAGAAGUUCAUCAUCUCCGUUGGGCAAAUGUUUCGGCUCUCCCAAAUCGUCAUCCUGUUCCCCAGGUACACGUGGCCCUACCUUCCCUUCUGGAAACAGUUUGUGGCGGUCUGGGAUCACCUCUUCAAAGUCGCUGAGGAGUUGGUGCAGAAAAAAAUGGAGGAGAUCCAGGAGAAGGUGAAACUGGACCAGGAGCUGGAGGGAGCGUACCUCACACACCUGCUGUUCAGCGAUAAGAUGACGGUCACUGAGAUUCUGGGAAGCAUGACUGAGCUCCUGCUGGCAGGAGUCGACACGACCUCCAACACGAUCUCGUGGGCUCUGUACCACUUGGCAAAUCGGCCAGAGAUCCAGGAAAAGUUGUACCAGGAAGUGAUAAGAGUUUGCCCCGGAGACAAGAUGACGACCAGCGAGGACAUCACUCAGAUGCCAUACCUGAAGGCCGUCGUCAGGGAGACGCUACGGAUGUAUCCAGUGGUGCCAGGAAACGCCCGCGUCAAUGUUGAUGGACAAAUUGUGGUGGGAGAUUACGUCUUCCCCAAAGAUACGUUGUUUCACUUGUGCCACUACGCUGUGUCCUAUGAUGAGAACGUCUUUCCCAACCCUCACACCUUCACACCGCAGCGGUGGCUCCGCGGAGAGGAGGAGAACAUCAAGCAUCACCCGUUCGGGUCGGUGCCGUUCGGUUUUGGGAUCCGGGCGUGUCUGGGUCGACGGGUGGCAGAACUUGAGAUGUACCUCCUCCUGUCCAGGUUGGUAAAGCGCUUCGAAGUGAGGCCAGACCCUGCCGGACAGACAGUGACACCCAUCACCAGAACCCUGCUCUGCCCGGCUAAACCCAUCAACCUGCAGUUUCUGGACAGGAGACGCUAGAGGGAGGAGGCGAGCCAGCGGCAGCAGCGGGAGGAGUUCCUCUGUGAGCUGGUUUAGUAUUCACUUGGUGUUUCCUUCUUGUCACCAGACACCACAGCUCAGAUAAAGAGAACUGGCUGCAUGGAAUUCACCAAAACUGUGUCUAUAAGAUUAUAAUGCAGUGUGUAUAGACAUUUUAAAGUUUUAUCCAUGUAAAUAUGAAAUCUUCAACCAACAAAAACUAGUACGAGUGCAAAGAGUUUUCUCCGUUUUUGUUUUUAUCAAAUUCUUCAGCUGUUGCCUGGCAGAAGGAAGAAUGUGAUGUGACCUCUGUUCUUACUUUAUAUUUUAAUGAUCGUCAACAAACCCCGUUAGAAACUUUCGAUAGUUUCCAACUAUCAGAUCAACUUUCAUGGUGAACUGGAGUUGAAGAGUUCUUCCCUGCGGAGGGAAACAGUGGGAAUGAGAUGGGACGACAUGAACAUGUUGAUGUAACAGAGAUAAAUAUUUAAAUGACAAAUUAUGAGUAACUGUAUUUUGUUACAAUUUCAGUGGGUGGGAAUGUAAAUACUUUACAUUCAUCAAGAGAUUACAUAAAUACUUUUUACUUUUAUAAAGGUUCAAAGAAUUAAAGUUGAAUGUCAAACAUGCACCCACUUAAUUUGCCAAAUCAUUAGCACGAUGAGCUUGUUAGCUUUGUCAGCACUGUAGCCAGCGUGCUACACAUCAAACUGACCACAUGAUGGAGUUAAUUUACCACAUGCGUGAUGUGUAUUAUUAUAUUUGCCCAAUCAUUUCUAUUGAAUACUAUAAAUACCUACCUAAGUGUCUGGGAACAUCUAAACAGCUGUCUUAGCCUACGCUGUCUACGAACUCCAGAUUUUUAUUUAUAUCUUUUCAAUGAUGUUUGUGGAAAAACAGAGAAAGUAAAAACUUUUUUUAUUUCGUUUAAGGCAACAAAGUGAAAACAAAAAGAAUAUUCACUUAUUUUUUAUUUUCAUCUGGUUGCUUGUUUUCAACUC